AUGGAUUUCACACUGGUCAACGCGAGCGAGCUCCUCACCCGCUUCACGUACUACGACUACGCGGUUUUCAUCGUGAUGCUCAUGUUCUCCGGAGCUCUGGGGCUCUACUGCGCGUUCAGUGGCGGGCCGCAGAACACCAUCAGGCAGUUGCUGGUUGCGGACGGGCAACUACCCCCCGUCCUCGUCAGCACGUCGUUGAUGGCGUCUUUCAUCUCGGCGUCCUUCAUCCUAGGGAAUGUCGCCGAGAUACAUCAGCACGGCACGAUGUACUUCUUGACCGUGCUGUCAUAUUGUAUAUCCAUACCCGUGACGGCCCAUCUGUUCAUGCCAGUCUUCUACAGAAGCGGCACCUUGACUUGCUACGAGUAUCUGGAGCUCCGGUUCAACAGGAUACUCCGCUGUGCGGCGGUGGCCUGUUAUCUGGUCCAGAUGUUCAUGUACAUCGCCAUACAGCUGUACGCCCCGGCCCUAGCUUUGUCAAACGUCACGGGUAUGAAACUUUGGACAGCAGUGAUCGCCAUCGGAGCGGUGUGCACGGUCUACACGUCCGUCGGAGGAAUCAAAGCCGUGGUCUACACGGACUCCUUCCAGGCUUUGUGCAUGAUCAUCGCGCUGCUGGUGGUCGUCAUCUUAGGUAUCGAUGAAGUGGGAGGCCUCGCGCACAUUUGGGACGUCGCGAACAAGGGCGGUCGAAUCCGCUUCGACGAGUAA